AUGCCCAUAGAGUGGUUGACAUACCAGGGAUUCGCCAGCAGAUCCGGCGAUUAUAAACUCCGCGGGACAUUAGGUCAACACUUGGCGUGGAAGGAUGUUCCGGGGUUCGUGUUCGUGGGAAACCAGAGACGAUUUCCAUGCUCUGCAUCAGUCUCUCUGUUCUUGGCAUCACGUGCUGUCGUUGCGUCGUGGUCCAUGCUGGCCCAGGUGAUUUCCCCAGCCUGCAGCGUUGUCGUCCUGGAACACAUCAAGACUGGUGCCCUGACUCAGGUGAAGGCAGAUCAAUCAUUUGUCAUCGUCAUGCUUUACGGGGAAUCCAGCCCUGCCGAGUCGCUGCAAACAGUUCGGAGCCGAGGUCCCCCGCAUGAUCCUCGCCGGGCCGAACCUGAUUAUGGCGUGUCAUUGCUUGUUAUAGUACCCCAACAUAGCAGCAAGGAGGAGGCUUGGCCGGACUCCACCAUUGUCGGCAAAACUGCCCUGCCAAGGCCAACAACCUACGAUCCGCCAACGGAUCGGGCAGGAGGCGCCGCCCGCUCCAUGUUCCGCAACAAGGUCUGGGGGCACCAACUGCCGACAACGGCGACGUGAUGUCAGCGACACCCGCGCAAUGGCCAUGCGACGUCGCAUCAGCCGCUACGCUCUGUCAUCAGGACCAUGCGACUGACUAAAUUUCAUCUGCAGCGUUGUGGUUGCCACGCGCGCUGUGGUUGCCGCUCCGAGCCAGCCGUGGUGUUAUGAUGCUCCUACUUGGGAUAUAAAGAGUUGCAACAGCUCCCCAACAUC